AUGACCUUUCCUAUUACGCUGAUCAGAGAUAUUCCUGACCCUUCAUCUCCAACCUUGGCUCAACUCCAAGACCCAACAAACUCUGAACACACCUUAUCUGUUAUAGAAACCUCCGAACCUACACCAUAUCUCUCUGCACCCUCAAUAAACCUACCAACUUCUGAACCUCCCACUGAACCUUCUGAAACCACCCCAAUUCCCUCUGAACCCGAACCAGCCUUCCUGACCCUGGAAGAGUCAUUUUAUUUAUUCUCAGAAUGCCCAGCUGUGAAGCUUAGAACGCUAUCUGAACAAUCCAGUCUAAGUGACAAUCCUUAUGAAAUAAUGACUCACUGGAAUGGAUUUCUCAGAUGGAUGACAUUUGAGGUCUUCAAGUUGAAAGGGCUCUCUGAACAAGUCAGAAAUGACUAUAUUAGAGGAGCUGAGGAGAGACUAGAGGCAUGUCUGAUCAAGGAAGCUGAAGAGAAAGCACGCCAUGAAGCUGAAGAAAAGGCUAGUCUGGAAGCUGAAGAGCAGGCCAGAAAGGAAGCUGAGGAAAAAGCUGCCACUGAGGCUGCUGCUGUUGAAGCUGAAGCUAAAGUUGACGCUAAAGAAGCAACACGCAUUGCUGUAGAGGAAGCUAAAAAAUCUACUGAAGUUGGUAUUACUCGAGGUGAGUCAUCGACAUCUAACAUUGCUCCGUUGGUGCUCCAGACUCUGGAAGAACUUUAG